GUCCGAUUAAUCGCCAGCCAUUGACAGUCGAUCCCUCCAUACGGUCGUUCGGAACCCGGCCCUGUUUUCUCGUCCUCUCUGAUCUUUUCGACUGCCGCUCCGGAGGCCCAGGAUUCUCAUACAAUGGCUACUCAGGGUGUCAACGUUCUCCGCUACUCCGCCCUCGUGGCCGGUCUCGUCUACGGUGUCUACCACCAGUCCUCCAUCACCGCCAGCGCGAAGCGUGCCGAGGCCCAACAUGAAUACGCCCGCCAGGAGCGCCUGAUCGAGCAGGCCAAGGCCGAGUGGAAGAAGAAGACCGCGCCCAAGGACACACAAAACAGUGGAGUCAUCACGGAUCCCGAGGACAGCCGGUUUGACCUUGAGGCUUUCUUGAAGUUGAAGGCUGGCGAGAACUAGGGGGAGGGAUGGAAGUAUACAGCGAGAAGAUGAUUUGCAGUGGUCUCCCUUGAGAGCCGUACCUCUCCAGGUACGGGCGAGAGAGCUCGGGUCGCCCCCGAUUAUGUAUUAUUGUUUGGUCUAAUUUCCCAGAGUCGUGUCAUUGCGAGCGAAAGGAAUGAUUUUUCUUUUUCCACUAUAGACAUCAUCUCCGCAUCUUGUACAUACCCUGGGCUGUCGUGCGUGUGUUCACUACAGUUGGACCAGAAGAGCAAGAGAGUCUGUUGUAUGCUUCG